AUGGAGGACAUUGAACUGGGCGGUCCAGACCUUAUCGAAGCCCGUGAGUUUCCGAUACUCAAAACGUUCAUCGAUCCUACGAUCAUUCUUGUUUCAUCCAAAUUCGACGACACAGUGCUGGAAAAGCUUGAUCCGGAGCGAAGAAACAUGGGCGACGGAGACAGUGCAGUAUAUGGUAUGCCUGCACUUCGCUCGGCUCGCCCUGUGUCUGAGUUCUCCUAUGAUUCGGCCAGGAGUCGGCUUGUCAACCUCAAGCUGGGUCACGAAGACGGACCAAGAAUCACUUUUAUGACUCCUGGAGAUCUUACUGCAGAGAGCAGCGAAGAUUGCAUGGCUGGAGAUGGUGCUGUGGAAAGUCGUCAAGGACAGUUGCUAAGACUGGCUGGUUGGAUUGAUGUCGACAGCCGAGUCACAGUUGGCUGUGCUGGUGCAGUCCUUGCCUACAUCCACCGCAAACGCGCGGCAACCUUCUUGCCUGGUGAUGUUGCAGCUCAGACGAUGCAUCGCAUCUCAACCAUAGAGAUGUUUACACUCGCUGGAUCCAUGUUCGUCAAUGCCGAUACAUUGCUUUCUUUGCAGAUUAUCCAGUCAGAGUCGCAUCCUCAUUCGCAUAACCAAGGUCCUGCAAAGGCGAACUCUGGUUCAAAAGAAGGCUUGUCCGUCUACGGUCUGUUCCACACGCUCGCACGAACUCCUCAGGGCAAGCUUCUGCUACGACAGUACUUCCUUCGACCGAGUACGAAUUCUGAAGUCAUCAACGAGCGACUUGACAGCAUCAGCUUUCUACUUCGCACUGAGAAUACAGAACAAAUGGAUACUCUAGUCAAAAAUUUGAGCAGCAUCAAGAACAUGAGAACGGUCAUGAUCAAUCUUCGUAAAGGUAUCAAUGGAAACGGACCAAGUCAAAGAUGCCCAUCGAAUUCUAUUUGGGCUGGGAUACGUUUAUUUGCAUACCAUGCCUUGCAGAUCAAAGAUUGCUUCCAGGGCGUCAUCGGAGGAGACUGGCUUGUAAUCCGAAACAAAGUCAUGGAGCACUUCCAUGGUAUCCAACUUGCUGAGGUGGGCAAAAGUAUCACUGAGAUCAUCGAUUUCGAGCUCUCCCGUGAUAAUUGCCGCAAUGUUGUCAGGCAAGGAGUGGAUCACGAUCUUGAUGAGCUCAAACGGACCUAUGAAGGACUCGAAAGUCUUCUCGUGCAGGUCGCCCAGCACGUGGCGCAAUCGGUACCUGAAGAGUUGGACGCAAACAUCAAUGUUGUCUUCUUUCCUCAAAUCGGAUUCCUGAUUGCAAUCCCUCAAGAUCCAAUCACUGGUCACGGCAUCUUUGAAGGACCCGAAGACGCUCCUUGGGAAAAGGUGUUCACCACCGAGGAGUUUGCCUACUAUAAGAAUGAGAAUGUCAUUGAGAUGGACUCGUACUUUGGUGACAUAUAUGAACGCAUCUGCGACCGAGAGAUUGAGAUCAUUCACGAACUCGCGGAGAAGAUCCUACAGUACGAAGAUCUUCUCACAUCUGCGUCUGAUAUUUGUGCUGAGAUUGACUGCAUCAUGGCUCUGGCGCAGGGGGCCAGGAAUCACAAUCUCGUACGACCACGAUUGACAGAAUCUAAUAUUCUGGACAUCAGAGGUGGAAGACACAUUUUGCAAGAGAAGGUCGUGCCAAACUUCAUCCCGAAUGACACUCUUCUCGCGGGUGGUGAGGGCGAGUCAGCAAAUGAUCAACAGGAGAUAUCAUCUGUUGGCCCUCAAUACCGUACCGAGGAUGGUAGUGUUGUUCCGAGUAUGAUUUUGGUGACAGGACCGAAUUUCUCGGGUAAGAGUGUCUACCUCAAACAGGUGGCCAUCAUUGUCUUUAUGGCUCAUGUUGGAAGCUUCGUGCCAGCGACGAGAGCGGACAUUGGCCUCACAGACAAGAUCAUGACACGCGUGGCCACUCGAGAAAGUGUAUCUAGAAAUCAAAGCGCGUUCAUGAUUGAUCUGCAGCAGAUAUCGGUAGCGCUGAACUUGGCCACUAAUCGGAGCUUGCUGAUCAUUGAUGAGUUUGGCAAGGGUACUGAUUCUCAUGAUGGUGCGGGACUGGCUGCUGGAGUCUUCAACCAUUUGCUUGAGAGGGGAGACCAAUGUCCCAAAAUUCUCGGUGCCACACACUUCCAUGAGAUAUUCGAAAGCGGCUUCCUACUUCCCCAUGAGCGUCUAGCUUUCGGUCACUUUGAAGUGCGUGUAGACCCCCAGUCACAGCAGAUCGAUGAGCAAUUGACCUAUCUCUACAACUACAAACAAGGACGCAGCAACAACAGUUAUGGUACGGUAUGCGCAGCUUUGAACGGUAUACCGUCAGACAUUACAAACAGAGCCGAAAAACUCGUUCUCCUUGCUGCAAGAGGAGAAGACCUGGUCGCAGCAUGUGCGGUGUUAUCUGAGAGUGAGACAAAGGAUCUCGAGGAAGCGGAGGACAUUGCCAAAGCCUUCUUCACCAUGCAAGUUUCCGACGACCCUAAAGAGUCUCUGAAGGAGUUGCUUGGCAUCAAAUGA